AUGAAGCCUCAACAAGGUCAGGCAAGUGGUGAUCAACUUCGUCCCAGCCCAAUUGCAGAUUUCAGGUUCCACAAAAAGCCCAUCACAUCAAUUGAAUGGCACCCAACAGACAACUCUGUGGUAGCGUUGGCCUGUGCUGACAACACUGCCACACUGUGGGAUCUGUCUGUUGAACUUGAUGAUGAGGAGUACAGUAAAGAGUCCGGUUUGGGACUUGGGGAAGGUGACGAAAAAGUGCCUCCGCAGUUGCUUUUCAUCCAUCACGUGGAGGACGGUAAAGAGAUCCACUGGCAUCCGCAAAUGCCUGGGUCAUUGAUGGUGACGGGUGGCAAUGGCUUUGGUGUCUUUAAAACCAUCAGCGUUUGA